AUUUGCAUGUCACGCGAAAUUUGGAAACAAUCGGAGACGACAAUCGACGGACGAUGGAAGAUAUUUCUCAAAGAAUGAGACGCAUAGUCUCUGUUUCUCAUCCAUUUGAAUAUAUUUAUAAAGCACAAAGAAACAGGUACCACCCCACCGGAAAUCCGAGGGGAAUCAUCACUCUUACAUCAGCACAAAACAGAUUGUGUGGAGACCUCAUGCUUGAACAGGUGAAGAGCCUUGAUUUGUCUGACUAUGAUGGUGCUACACUUUUACUUUACCAAGACUGUCGGGGUAUGCCAUCAUUUAGAAAAGCCACAGCAGACUUCUUUAAAGAAUACACUAAUUCACCACAAGAUAUUGACCCAGACAAGCUUCGUAUUUGUAAUGGUCUUACUGCUCUUCUUGAUGUCAUAGCAUACACAUUAUGUGAUGAAGGAGAUACCAUAUUGUCUCCAUCACCAAUGUAUGGUGGUAUAAUGAGAGACACAGCUCUUAGACCUAAUGUCAAUGUUCAUCCUGUUCAUUUAUCAAGCAAGCCAAGAUCAGAAGGGGAAAAACCAUACAAGCUAACAGUGCAUCAUCUAGAAAGAAGCUAUGCAGAAGCUAUAAAACAGGGAAAGCGAGUGAAAGCUUUGUUUCUUGUGAAUCCUACAAACCCACUAGGGACUGUUUACUCCAAGGCUGAGUUAAUAGACUACCUACAGUUCUGUAAGAGACACAAUCUUCAUAUUGUUAUAGAUGAGAUCUAUCUAUGUAGUGUAUAUGAUGAUACCAAACCAUUCUGUAGUAUACUAUCACUCAAAGAAAGUGAGAUUCCUGACAUCAAUAAAACCCACUUUCUAUAUUCUUUUGGCAAGGAUUUUAGUUUUAAUGGAUCUCAUUUUGGAGUGCUUUAUUCCUGGAAUAAGACCAUUCUUGACGCAGUAGAAACCAUCACACAAUAUCAACGAGUAUCUACUCUCACUCAAAUAGCAAUCACCCAGAUACUACAAAAGAAAGAAUGGCUUCACAAUGUAUACUUCAAAACAAGCCAUGAGAGGUUAAGAGAAGCAAGAGACAUCACCAUGGCAACAUUGGAUGAAAUGGAUGUGGCUUAUGUCCAACCUACUGCAGGAUUCUACAUAUGGGCAGACUUCAAUAGGUUCCUUAGUGCAUCAAACUAUGCUGAGGAAAAAUCUAUCUGCUGCCACGUACUGUCAUGUGGAGUCUCAAUCCUCCCUUCAUCUGGUUUCUAUGGAAAUGAGCCUGGCUGGUUCCGAGUUCUGUUUUGCAUUCCCCUACCAGAGCUGAUUGAAGGGUUGAAGAGACUGAAGGAAGGGUGUUUAAGUUAUGUUCCUGGUACGGGUUCAGCAAUUGCGGGCGACCUUGGCCAUGACCUUGCCAAUGACCUUGAUUUUGACCUUGCUCAUGCUGAUGUAGAGGUCAUAGGAAUUCAAUCAGCCUCAGGCUCAGAUGAAUCACUUGAAUCACUGAUGAGGUCAUUUCAUGUCAGCGUCAAGAAUUCUGAUUGGUUGAAAGAGAAUACAGCAGAAAAAUGGAAGAGAGAGAAUCCUGAGCUUGCUGAGGCUUGGAUAAAAGAAAUAAACAAGUCUCCUUCAGAAUGAGAGCGCAUUCCUUGAAUUUCUGACUUAUAUGUCGAAUGCCAUGUCCUUGCCCAUGUGAGGAUGCGAUCACUCGGACAUGUGAAAGUAAAUGCUUGUCUCGACUCUAAACUCAAGCACAGCAAAGUUGGACUCGGAAAAAAUCAAUUACAUGCACAAACAUAACAGGUUGGACUGAAGUUGAUGAUGCAAACACUACUGUCAAACAGAAGAAGUAGGCCAAAAACGAAUGCGAAAAAAAACUUGUCUCUAAGUUUUGGCAUUCCCACAUUAAAAACCUUGUAGUUCAGGGAAAAUUAUUUGAACUUAUUGUUUUGGAGGGAAACGAAACAAACUGGAAGAGUUUUGCUUGCAAUCUACCAGUACAGGUUGCAAAAUUCUUAUUCUAUGCUUGUUAUUACACUCUCAAUACAAAUGUCAACCUGAGUAGAUGAGGGGGAAAAGAUCAAACGGAAAAAAUGUUCUAAAUGUAGCAAUCGUGAAUCUCUUCAACAUGUUUUAAACCAUUGUCAGGUUUCAGACCAAGGUAGAUACACCUGGCGUCACAAUAAUUUGCUUAAUUGUAUUUUCUCAAUUGUGUCAAGCGGAUCAACUAUUUCUGUUGAGUUCACACAAACCGACCUAAUUCCCGAUCAUUGUAUUGUCUCUAAGCAACGAAACCAAAUGCUAAUUUUUGAAUUGUCUGACCGUGUGAAACGAAUAUCGACAAAGCACACAACUACAACAGUAACAAAUAUACAACAAUGGCUGCAGACAUCAAAAGAAAAGUAUCUUAGUUGUACUCUAAUUGAAAUUGGUUUGUGUGGCUAUGUUUCAAAUGACAACUUUGCAAGACUACAAGAUUGUUGUCAUUUUGCAAAAGGCCAAUCUCUCCCAAAACAUUCAACAGAGAGUUAUCCAAACUCGCUAUUGUGUCUUUAUAUACAAAGCCAAAGAAGAGACCCAAUGGGAGUGUCGGCUGGAAUGAUUCUCUUCUUUUCUCUGUCUUUCUCAUUUCAUAAUUAUGAUGCAAUGUCUCUUGCCAUUCUGUGUUAAAUAACACACAUUAUAUUCAAUGAAUUUUGUAUUUACUCACACUACCAACUGCAAUUAAAGGUCAUCUAUCAUAGACUACUAGACACAACUCAUGAGAUAUAUUGUCAGUCAAAUUAUUAUCAAAUUUGUUUCCUUUUCCCCGCAUAUUCCUUAAUGAUGUCUUUGUAAUUUUGUGUCAAACAAAGUGUGUUUUGACCUGGUUCCAGGGGAUCGGGUUUUUACAUUGGGAGCGGUGUGUCGGACUGGUUUGGCCCUCGUUGCUAGGAUUCAGUAAUAAAAAAAUCCCUGAAACUCAUAGAUGGUCCAUGCUCGAUUCUCCGGAAUCGGGUCAAGCACACUUCUUUAAAAAACAUACCCGCUCAUGUUUUUAUGCUCAAAACUUGAUCUUUUAUAUUUUGUUAUAAUUGUUUUUUGUAAAUGUUUAUAUUGUGAUUCCCUUUUCUAUGUAAUUAACCUUUGUUCCACUGCAUGUAAUUGAAUAGUUCAUGACCUGGGCCUAUUUCCUUUUGUAUACACCUAUGUUCCUUUGUUUGAAUUUGAAUAUUGAAUAAAUUGAUGACUUAAAAAAAUCACACAAUCAGGCAGAAUUAGAAGAAAUCUGUCCUGUCAUGGUUCAAGUUAUAGCUGUUUACUGUUGCUGGUUGUUGACCAACAGACUGAAUUGGUGCAUUCAAGCAACAAAUAGACAAGAUUUAUAUCAUUGGUCAGGAGACUGAGAAAUUUUAGGCUGCUGAGGCAUGGACAUAUACAACAGCAAAGAGAGAUAUACCUUUACAUGUAUAUGUAUAUGCUAGAGAAAUAUAUUUUCUCGAUUUGUAAACUUCGUGUACUUAUUUUUUUUGUUACUACAUCUUCUAUCUGUGUUUUGGUUGCUGAAUCAAUUUUUAUCUGCAAAAACUCUCUUAAAUAAGAUAUUUUUUAUUAAAUUGAAUAUGUGUCAGUCACACUAAAUAAUCUGACUCAAAUAGACUGAUUAUCAUUCCUCCUCAGUUUACAGUCAGUUUCAUUGGUGUGACUGUCACUUAUAUAAAAGCUUUUUCAAAAGUCUUGGCCUCGUUUGCACCCAAACUAUGAUCAUUGCAAGGAGAGUAUAAAUUGAUUGUUUCACUCUGAUUGCAUGAUCGCCCUCAUAUGGUAUGAGGUGAUCUUACAAUUUUUAUCAGGAUAGAAGGUACGGCCACUUAAUUUCCACUGAAGACUGGACAGCUUCCACAAGAGAACAAAAUGGGUGUUGUUGUUUUUUUGGGGGGGGAGGUGGGGAAUGUGAAUAGAGUGUCAAAAAGGCCAAGAAUUAGAAAAAAUCCCCCUUUAUAUCAUGAUAAUCUAAAACUUGAAAAGGGCAUGUAAUAUACUCCGAUUGUAGGACCUACUGAAACAAGGCCUGUGAAAGGAAAAUCCUAUACGCUACACCUUGAUAAAAAUGCCAAAUAAAAUGUCCUAAUUUGAAUUGGAAUCCCUAACCCAUCCAAAUGGGCCUCCUAAUACUACAUAGCGAAUACUAGUAGUGCUUGGGUGAAAUGAGAAUAUCCUACUUUUGGAUUUGUCUGAAUGAUUAAUGAAAUCAGAUCUGCACAAAAUCCAUGUUUUGGUUGACCAAGCAUCCUGCCCCUGAUCCCUGUUUAGGAUUUGUUUUGUGUUUUCAGGAUGAUCCUCACAAAUACUGUUCACUCUUUAAUGGUAGUGACCCCCUCCCCAGGAGAUUUUGAACACAAAUUAAUAGACUGAAUUAUGUUUGUAUAUUGCCAUGCAUCAAGUGCAAUUUUAUGUAUGUGUUAUUCCUUGUAAAUAAGGAAUUAUGAAUCUAAAUGCUUUGCAUUUCAUAUACUAGUAAUGUGUUUUUUAAUAAAAUCCUAGUAUAUUCACA